UGAAGUGUUUUCUGUACCUCGAGUCGAAUGGAGAGCCCCUUGCCUUUUCCGAUCAUCAUAAAAGUGAUUCUACAAGCCCCGCACAAUACACAUAGAGAAGAACCAACAGCCACAUUAACAUGUCUCUCACGUUCACUUUGACGCAUGUACCAGUUCAGUCUGACUGUGUAGUCGGGUUUUCAGCCAUUUUCAUUUUGACUGUCUUGCUGGUUAGAUGUGAUUUUCUCCUUUGACGUUAGGGCGACUGAGCAAAAAUAAAAAGGGUGGUGGAUUGAAAAUUUCUAUUUCUGGUUUUUGAAAGUAAGAUUUGGAUUCGAUUUGAACCUGAAACCGGGAUUCCGGUGGAGUGUGGUGCGUUCAAAAUGAGUGACAAAGAUUCGAUGGAACCGCCACCGGAAGAAGGCAUCGAAAUCGAACCCAUGGACGAGUUCGACUGUCUGGAGCUGGAGAAGACAAUCAUCAACGAGUGGGGAAUGCAAAGAAGUUCAUUGAACAGGAUGAUUUACUGCGGCAUCACGACUCGCUGUCUGGAGCUGAUUCAAGACGCCGAGGUAAACGAACUGUUCAACGACCCGCGGAUGCUGGGACAGAAAAUCGUUUUCAAGCACCGUGUAAAAGAACUGCAAACCAAUGUCCUACUACAGCAAGUGGGUUCCCGCAAGCGGCGCCACUGCUCAUCGGAAAUGAGCUUCAACAACAAACUCGAUGACAAUCCGCCCAACGCACCGGCGAUGAUCCUCUCCGACUCGAUGCCUCAGCAACCGAAGAAGAUCAAACUGGAAGACGAAGACGAUCCACUGCUCACGGACGCAUCUCUCCUCGAACCGGAGCAGUCCCUGGAGGCCUCGGAUCAAGCCAUCCGUCUGCAUGACCACCUCCCAGCGAUCCAGAACGGAACGCUGGUCAAACCCACCACGGCCAACGCCCUGGCCGGAAACCUCCCCAUUCGCAUUUCAGCCGAAGGGCUUCGACAGCUGCUGCAAGCCAGUCGCCAAGGUCAGUGGGUCCUGUCCUACUACGGCACGUACCACUCGAUGAACCGGAAGAUUCAGGCUGCCCUCACUCACUGUAUCGUGGAGCAGUUCCUGGUGUACAACAUCAUGUUCUCGCACCGGUUGAUGCGACACUACGCCCACAUCAUCACCCAGCUCUUCCCUACGGAAUGUGCCGAGGUGUACUACAAGCCGGCCCAAACCCUGGGCUGGAAGCGGACUUGUGCGUCCGGGAAGUUGAUGGACCGCUGGGCUAACCAGAGGAUGCGCCAUAAGGAUCGCUAUCCGCAGCAGCGGCCGAGGAUCUUGGAUGAUACUUCCGACCAGAGGACGUUUGCCGAGAUGUCCCUGGUGAUAGGGCAACACCUCAUCGGUGGACUGUGAGUGCCAGGACUGAGUGUGGAGAGAUUCGUAGCGAGAACUAGUCAGCGUGGAAUGUGAGAUUUGUGGGUUGGAUGAAUGAAUAAACGAGAUUCUUGAUUAAU